GCUAGUUUGGAGUCGUUGCGGCUGUAAAAGGGGUCCAAGGCAGCCCUCCGGACCGCAAAAUGGAGCCUCCGAACCCAAACACGACGCCGGGCCAGCGGCCGUCCUCCGUACCGAGCUGGAUGUCCGAACUAAAGGGCCAGCCCGGCGUACCGGCGCUGCCGCCGCGGCAGCGGGCAGCCCAUUUGAUCGACGGCGCCGCGCCGACGAGUCGACCGCGGGCGCCCAUCGUCGCGCCGACAGCGCAGGCUCCAAAGCCUGCGAGGCGGCCGCGCCGCCGCAGCGCGCCUACGAAAAAGGAGCGCGCGCCGCCGCGGUCGCUGACCGAGUCCUGGGAGAGUUUGCGGCUGUUCGGGCGGAAGAACCUGGGACGGCGACUCGAAGAGGAGCCCUCGGACCACGUGCAUUUUGUGAAUUGCGACACUACGCAAGAAGAGGCGUCGUCGCUCUUUUCGGUAAAAGAGGUCGUCGAACACAGCGACGGACACCUGGAGGCGCAGCCGAGCUCUAUGUUCGUAAUUCCGGAGCUGCCGCGGGGCCGCGAGUUAUUAUUGAACGUGCUGUCGACCUGGGGGGACCCUCACUACGUCGGGUUAGCUGCAGAGCAUAAAUCAUGACCUCCACGCCAUCGACGCGACGCCAGCUCGAUUAGCACCCGACUCGCUGGUUGAUUUGCACACAGGUUAGCCGGCUUCGAGGUCUUCGACGAGCGCGGCGAAUUAGUACCAGUAGAGGACGUCUGGGCCGACCCGCCCGACAUUAAUGUGCUGCCCGGUAACGAAGACGACCCGCGCGUCGUAGAGAACCUGUUAGAUGGCGUAAACCACACCGGCGAUGAUUUACAUGCGUGGCUCGCACCGUUCACGCGGGGCCAGCACCACCACGUCGGAUUACGGUUCACUCGCACGACGACCAUAGCUAUGGUCCGGCUCUGGAACUACAAUAAAUCAAGGAUCCAUUCAUAUAGAGGCGUUCGCUACGCGGAGAUGAUGCUUGACAACCGAGCCAUCUUCAAGGGCGAAAUCCGGCGGGCGUCGGGCCCGCUGACGGAUGAUUGUAGCGAGUGCAUCCUGUUCACGACGGACGAGGAGACGCUGCGGCGCAUCGAACAGAACGACCGGUGCGCGACGCCGACGACGCCGCCGCCUCGAGUGUCGUCCGCGGAGUAUCGCCCCGGCGCGUCCGCCGCCGUGACACGAGCCGCAAAACCUGCAGUGCGCGAGUCGACGCCCGACGCCUGGACCGACGAGCGCCCGAAGACGUCGUGCGGCAACCGGGGCGCCUCCCGCAACCGCAAGAAGCGGCCCACAAAUGUCAAGGCGCCGCGCGAGGCGUAUAAAGCCUCGAGCUUGUCACUCGAUAUAAGCUCGAAGCCUCUACAAAGGCGCGAGGUUGUGAAGGCAUCAACGCCGGUCGCGAUGCGGUCGCGGCCCUCGACGGCGCAGCCCCAUCGGACGACGGACCUGCCGCGCGGCCGGCGCCUGGAGCUGAGGAUCCUCUCGAACUGGGGCGACCCCUGUUUCGUCGGCUUGGCUGGUCUCGAAGUGCUCGACGAGAACUUUGAGGUGUUGAAGAGUCCCUCGCACACGUCGCUGCGGGGCCUCCGGUCGUCGCCGCCCGGCUCGCCGGCACGGCUCGAGGGUGGCACGGAGGAGAUUCAAGAGGACACGAUCGGCGAUUUGGACCAACUAGCCGCGCCGCCUCAAGUCUCUACCGAUCCGAGCACGAUGUGGGCCGUCUCUACGCAACGGGUCGCCGCGACGCUACGCAUCCUCGUCGACCUGGGCCAGAGCACUACCGUAGGAGCGCUGAAGGUCUGGAACUAUAACGCUGGCCUCGAGGGUACCUACGUCGGCGUGCGGCGGCUGGCCGUGACGCUCGACGCAGUGUAGAAUCAAAAUUCUCGGCGCCACCCGCCAUCAACGCGACGUUGACUCACGCAGGCUGGACGGCCGCCGGCUCUCGCCUCCAGAGGGCUUUCUCAUCCGUAAAGCUCCUGGAAACGACAGUUUCGACUUUGGGCAAUUCGUCGACUUCUCGCCGGGCAGCACUUCUGUGAACACGCCCGUGCACAAACAGCAGGGAAGGCGCUUCGACGACGUCAGUUUCAACAAGGAGAACGACCACCAGUCCGUGCUCUCCGAGGCCGACUGGGACGACGAAUCCAUGCUCAUGGAGUCGCUGUCGGGCGUGUCCGUCGCUCGCGUCGCUCCUAACAACGUGUGCCUCGUGCCGCAGCAGUACGAGACGCCGCUCUUCCCCUGCGGCUGCAUCUUCAAGCUAUGUUUGCUCUCGACGCACGGCGACGGCCACUAUGUGGGGCUGUCAGGCCUCGAGCUCGCCGACGCCGAGGGCCGCGUCAUACCAAUCGACGCCGAAUGCGUCCAUGCCGAACCGCGCGAUUUGAAUGUGCUGCCGGAAAACGAGAGUCGCAAGGAUGCGCGCACCUGUGUGGAAAUCAACCAGCGUGUCGGGUGCACCCGACAAUUCUUCACUUAGUCAUUUCUCGGCGAUGACGUGGCCGCGCUGGCUCCGUCGAGCGGUGAGGAACCGACAUCGCCACGCCAUCGAGCAGGUGUCGCGUCGAUGGCGUGGAGGUCGACGCGGCGAUUCAGGACGAACGCGUCGUAGAUUUGAUUUCCACACAGGCGCGCACGCUUGACAAGCUGAUCGAUGGCAAGAACCAAGGAGAAGAAAAGCACUCGUGGCUCGCGCCGUUCACGGAGACGAAUGCCAUCUUCGUGUGUUUUGAUGCCGCCGUGGCCAUCUCGCGCCUGACGCUCUGGAACUACGCCAAGACGCCGGCGCGCGGCGUGCGGGAGCUCGACGUUUUCGUCGACGACGUCCUCGUCUAUCGCGGGGUUCUGAAGCGGGCGCCGGAGGCCUCGCAAGGCCAAACCGUGCUCUUCACGAACGCGCAGCCCGUCGUCGACAGCGAGAGGCACCGCAUCUACAACGACGUCGAAGAGUCGUGCCUGUUCAUCGACGAGGGGUCGGUGGUCGUCGAGAGUUCGGACCAGCGGCCGCGGACGGCGGUGUAUGCUUAAGAUGUUCUGUUUUUA